AUGGAUUUGCACCCCCACCAUUCACCCUCAAAGGCACAGUCUCUCUUCUCCCAAUCCCAAAACCCAGAUACCGCAGAAAAAGAAGCUCAAAAUCUAUAUUUCCGAAGCCAAAACCAUGUUCCUACUGGUCAAGGACAAGGGAAGAACAGGCGCUUCUUCUCUUGCCUCUAUUGCUCUAGAAAGUUUUGCACAUCUCAGGCUCUGGGGGGCCAUCAAAAUGCUCAUAAGAAAGAGAGAGCAGCAGCUCGAAGAGGGAUUACAACCGUUGGAUUUGAAGGGAGAUCUCAUGUGUCGCAAGGGUAUCCGUUGAUAUGGCCUUGCACAUGGCAUGUGCACCCUCAGGGGCAUGAGGGUUUGAGCUCUUCCACAGUGGAACUCGCUGCUGUUUUAGAUGCUCCUCCUCCUCCCCAUCUUCCUACAAACAAGAGUGUGGAUCUCGAUCUCACUCUGCGUUUGUAG